AUGCCCCCAUCGCACGCCUGCGACGCCUGCCGUCGACGCAAAGUCAAAUGCGACGGAGUGGAGCCGUGUGCCAACUGCGGCAUCUCCGGCCUUCGCUGCGUCUUCCGUGGCUCGCCGAGGCGGCAGCGCCUAGCUGUCCGAGGCAUUGUGGCCGCUGCGACACCUGAAAACGUUCAGGAUCUCGCGCUGCACGCUGCCGAUUCCACUACUGCUCCUAGACUUGAGCCUGGAAGCGCCCUGAUCUUGGAUCCCGGAAGCAGAGGUGGCGCGUCUAGCGUGAGCAGCUUCCACCACGAUCCCGGGCAUAUCCACGCCCAUCUGGUUGCCGAGGUUGACGCCAUCCUCGCUCCAGAGUCUAUCGCGGACCUGGUAAAUAAAUGUAUCGACUACUUCUUCCAGUACCUGUUUCCGAACACGCCAAUCGCCCACGAGCCGACGCUUCAUGACGCGGCGACAUUGCUGGCACAUGAGGGCCAUUCCACGCUCGCCAAACUCGCGUCAUCGACCUACGACACACAGCACCAGGUCGAAUGUCUGCGCAGGUUUACGCUGAUUACCGCGUUCUGCGCCUUUGUCACGGCGGUCAUGUCGGAAAGUCGGCUGGCCCAAAUGAUACAGCUCUCGCGGCUAUUCCUGCUCGCGUCGCGUGCGACACUCCAGCUCUACGAGGAAUACGACCUGGAACACCCGAACUCGACCUCGUUGGCUAUCCGGAUGUGGUAUUCGGCUGCCAUGCACAAUCGGACAGGCCGGGUGGGCACCUCUCACCACUACCAUGCCGAAGCCGCAUACCUUGCCCAACGACUCCGGCUGUACAACGAAAAUGCCGUGCAGCGGGACCUCAAACUCGAGUCGAACCUACUGCGCGCGAUGUUCUGGCUGCUGUUUCUGGCGGACAAGACGGCAAUUGUGCUAGAAACACGGCCACCGAUCCUUAACGAAAUGUUCUUCAGCUGCGAGUUCAGCCUGCUCGAGAACAGUGACGAUGAGGGGCCGAUGCUCGAUCAGAGCAAAGACACGAACAAUCAACGCACCUUGGAACGCCGAAUCUUCAUUGGAUUCCAUCUCAAACGACGCAUCUGGUCUGCCGCAGCCGACCUGAUCGCCGAAAUUCGAGCACUUUCCCUGCGCAUCAAGCAAGGCUUGGUGUCACCUGCCGAAGAGGGCCUCGCGCUGGCACAUCUCACUGAAGCCUAUCUGCUCUUCACGGGGCUGGCCGGCCGGCUCCCAGAUUGGUUACGUCAACCGGGCCAUGUCGAGGGCGUCACCGACGACAAAGUGGCUGCUUUCCACAGCACAUGUUUCUGGACGCAGAGGAGCAACAUCAUGACCGCGUUCCACUGCAUGAAGCUGGUUAUCCUGCAGACCUGCAUCGACCAUCAGUGUACCGUUAUCAUGGGCCUCGAUAACUCUUCUCUGGCGUGGGCGAUACGGAAAACCGAAAUUUCCCAGGAUUUCCUGCACGAAAUGCAGAUCGUGCCGUUUAUUUGCUUCAAGGUCCAGGGGGAAACCGCGGUGGAGCGCAUUCGUCGUGUGGGCAGUACCUUGCUGGAGCUUGUCCAUAAUGCCAAUAACGAAACGGUUCAGAAAAUGGCCCGGUUCCAAUUUGACCAGCUGCUGGAUUUCCUGACAAGGCUCGACUCCAAGGCAUCCAACGAGCUCGCAACAGGUCCUAUGUGA